GGCUGCCUCGCUCCCGGAAGUGGAGGUUCUACGCGAACAGUGCCGCUGGGUCUGGGUGCCUGGAGGCAGAAGCGCUCGCGGAGCUCGCCCGUCGGCCCCCGAUCGCCAUGUCGGCCUUCGACACCAACCCUUUCGCGGACCCAGUGGACGUAAACCCUUUCCAGGAUCCCUCCGUGACCCAGCUGACCAGUGCCCCACAAGGUGGCCUGGCUGAAUUCAACCCCUUCUCAGAGACAAAUGCAGCAACAACGGUUCCUGUCACACAGCUUCCUGUGCCCUCACAGCCAGCGGUUCUCCAGCCCUCAGUGGAACCAACCCAGCCAAGCCCCCAGGCCGUGGCCUCUGCAGCCCAGGCAAGCCUGCUCCGGCAACAGGAAGAACUGGACAGGAAAGCAGCUGAGCUGGAACGCAAGGAGCGGGAGCUGCAGAACACUGUGACCAACUUACAUGUGAGACAGAACAACUGGCCGCCCCUGCCCUUUUUCUGCCCCAUCAAGCCUUGCUUCUAUCAGAAUUUCUCCAUAGAGAUCCCUCCCGACUACCAGCGGAUAUGCAAGAUGCUCUACUAUCUCUGGAUGUUGCAUUCAGUGACUCUGUUUCUGAACCUACUUGCCUGCCUGGCCUGGUUCUUAGUCGACAACAGCAAGGGAGUGGACUUUGGCCUCUCGAUCCUGUGGUUUGUGCUCUUCACCCCCUGUGCCUUCCUUUGUUGGUUUCGACCCAUCUAUAAGGCCUUUAGGUCUGACAACUCUUUCAGCUUCUUCGUGUUCUUCUUUGUAUUUUUUUGUCAAGUAGUGAUCUACGUCAUCCAGUUGGUCGGCAUCCCUAACUUGGGGGUCAGUGGUUGGAUUGCAGCCGUGACUACGCUGGAUUCAAAGCAUUUGGCUGUGUCGAUCAUCAUGAUGGUGGUGGCUGGUUUCUUCACCCUCUGUGCCGUGCUCUCACUCUUCCUCCUGAAGCGAGUGCACUCCCUGUACCGCCGGACGGGGGCCAGCUUCCAGCAGGCCCAAGAGGAGUUUUCCCAGGGCAUCUUCAGCAACAGGACCUUCCGCAGCGCUGCCUCAUCUGCUGCCCGAGGAGCCUUCCAGGGGAAUUAGUCCUCCUGACUCUCUUCCCUCUGCCCCAGCCUUUUCUCUCGCCUGCCUUCUAGCUGCACUUUCCAUGGGUGCCUUAAGCAGUGGUUAUGCCCAGCACAGACCUGGGGAGAGUCUUGCCAUGGCUCUUCCUCCUUCCUCAGCAACCAGCUCUCCCUUCCACCCCAGGGAAGGGGAGGGAGGGGAGGAUAGGGACUUCUUUUUACACAAGAGAAAAGAAAAAGAACAAAGCUCUUUCCUUCUCUGGU